GAGAACGUGUCCAGAAGACUUCAGUAAAAAAUGCUUUUCUACAUAUUACUCUUUCUUGGCAUCAUCUCUCUGUGGUGGCAUUGGAGGGCAAGAGACAGGAAGCAGGUUACAAAUCUCACUGGAAAAUAUAUAUUCAUCACUGGAUGUGACACAGGAUUUGGAAAUAUGGCAGCAAAGAUUUUUGAUAAAAAGGGAUUCCGUGUUUUUGCCAGCUGUCUGACUGAAACAGGAGCCAAAGAGUUAAAAGCUGUGACCUCAAAGCAGCUUCAGACAGUGCUGCUAGAUGUGAGAGAUUCAGACAGAGUUAAGAAAGUGGCUGCAUGGGUCAAAGCUGAAGUUCAGUCAGAAGGUCUCUGGGGACUUGUCAAUAAUGCUGGGAUUAUGGGACCAAUAGCUCCUACAGACUGGUUGGAUAUUGAGCACUUUAGAGAACCAAUUGAAGUUAAUUUAAUUGGACUCAUAAAUGUUACAAUAAACAUGCUUCCCUUGGUAAAAAAAGCAAAGGGAAGGAUAGUAAAUGUAUCCAGUGUUGGAGGUCGCCUAGCAUUCAGCAGUGGAGGCUAUUUUCCUUCAAAGUUUGGGCUAGAAGGAUUUAAUGACAGCUUAAGGAGAGAUAUGAAAGCUUUUGGAGUUAAGGUUUGUUGCAUUCAACCUGGACUGUUCAAAACACCAUUAUCCAAUCCAGCAAAGAUUAUGAAAGAGAAGGAGGUUAUUUGGAGUAAGCUUCCUUCUGACAUUAAAAUGCAAUAUGGAAAGGAGUAUUUUCAGAAAGAUGCAGCAAAGAAACAAAAGCUGUCCAAGAUCUGUCUUAACGAGGACAUUUCACCGGUUGUUCAGUGCAUGGAGCAUGCCCUAACAGGCCUCCAUCCACAUGCCCAUUACAUUGUCGGGCAGGAUGCUAAGUUGUUUUGGAAUCCGCUCUCAAGAAUGCCAGCAGUUAUACAAGAUUUCCUACUGCUGUGGAACAGAGUAGAGCUUGCAGUUUCCCACACAAAGUAA